UGCCUCUCCAGAAGAUCUAACUUUACACCAGUUGUCGCUAUUGGCUCGUAUGAGACGGUGAAAGACAGAGCACGGAUUUCUACCCCUGCAUCCAGCUCAAGAAUGCUGAGAAGAGAAUGACUCCUUCCAGUUCUUCGAGACACAGUGUCAUUGCUGCGGUCUCUGGGCAGCCCUCUCGUCUCUCCGGGGUACUGUUCCCCAGUCACCCGCCUGGCCCCCUCUGUUGUGUCCAGUAGUGGUCACCCAGCAUUCAGGAAAGGCUCCCCUGUAAAUAUGCCUGAAUGGAGGGCUCAGUGGCAUCUCGUCCUGCUGAACUCCCUGACAUGUGGCCUAGAGAUCUGUGUGGCAGCUGCAACCACAUAUGUGCCCCCACUGCUGCUGGAGGCGGGUGUGGAGGAGCGCUACAUGACUAUGGUGCUAGGUAUUGGUCCAGUUCUUAGCCUCUUCCUCACUCCUUUUGUGGGCUCCGCCAGUGACAACUGUAACAGUCGAUACGGCAGACGGCGGCCGUUCAUCUGGCUGCUAUCCCUUGGUGUCCUUAUAGCACUUUUUAUCAUUCCCAAUGCAGAUAUACUUGCUUCACGGCUCUUUUGGGGUGGACAAAGACUCCAGGUGGGCUUCCUGAUUAUUGGUGUAGGACUCCUUGACUUCUGUGGACAUGUAUGUUUCACACCACUGGAGGCUCUGCUGUCAGACCUGUAUCGAGAAGAGGAAGAGUGUGGACAAGCCUUUGCCAUGUUCUCCUUUAUGGUCAGCCUGGGUGGCUGUGUGGGUUACUUGCUUCCUACACUGGAUUGGAGUGGUGGUGUGCUCUCUGUUUACCUUGAAAGACAGGCGGACUGCCUUUUUUUCCUACUCAUUCUCAUCUUCGUGUCCAGUCUGAUGAUUACUAUGAAGGUGUCUGAGGAGCCGUCUUGUGCCAGCAGCACUCUGACUGUCUCCAGUUCUUUAUUGGACUCAGGAGCUGCAAUGGAGGCUGGCCGUUGUGGCUUCCCACGUACUUGCUGCUACUUUCUUAAGUGUAAGCUAAGGAUCUGGAAGUCUGGGCCAUUGUUGUGCCUGCUGAGAACGUGCUGGUCUAUCUAUAGAAGUUACUGCCACGUUCCCCAUGUUAUGAGGCAGCUUUGUGUGGCUCAGCUCUGCAGCUGGAUGGCUGUCAUGUCUUUUGUCCUCUUCUACACAGACUUUAUUGGUGAAGGGCUGUAUGAUGGAGUACCCAAUGCAGCUCCAGGAAGUGUCUCUAGACAAAGAUAUGAUGAAGGUAUUCGCAUGGGGAGCCUGGGUCUCUUCAUGCAGUGUGCUACCUCAACAGUCUUCUCCCUGCUUAUGAGUCGACUGGUGCAGCGCUUUGGCUCUCGCAGAGUCUAUGUGAGCAGUAUGGUGAGCUUCACAUUGUCUGCACUCGUCAUCUCUGUGUCUAAAAGUGUGGCCCUCGUCACUGUAAUGGCGGCGCUCACUGGCUUUGCGUAUGCCACUCUUCAGACCCUGCCUUAUACACUCACCUGCCAUUACCAUAAAGAAAAGGAGAUCUAUAUGCCAAAAACGAAAGCAAAAAACAUGCAUAAAAAUCAUAUUACAACCAAGAGGGACUCCAUAUAUUUGACAUCUGUGGACGUGGACAGUAGACUGACCAACCAAAAGGGGCCCGCCUAUGGACAAGACCCACACGAACUCUACUCCAGUGCUUCCAGUCUGAACGGCUCAGUGCCUAGCAGCUCUGAACAGCAGGAUGACACUGAGCCUGGCUUUGAGAAGAGAGGUGUGGGGCUGGACUUUGCUAUAUUAGACAGCGCCUUUCUAAUCUCUCAGGUUAUUCUUACCUUUUUCAUGGGCAUGAUCGUUCAGUUUGCGCAGUCUGUUACAGCUUACAUGGCCUGCUCGACCAUCUUUGGUGCUGUAGCAAUCUACUUCAGUGGUCGAAUUGUCUAUGACCAAAAGGACCUGAACAGCUAUAAUAUGCUGUAGAUGAGACAUUCUGUAGGUAAUUGUAUACAUUAAGAAGCCAUCCAGGUUCUGUGGAUAUAAAUUCAAGAAUGCACUGUUUUUGUUUUGUUUUGUUUUUUCUCGAAGAAUGCCUUUCUCUAUCGCCAAGUGUUUCUAAAAUAUGGGAAUGUUUUUUCCUAGGGUGUGAAAGUGUAUGGAAAAAUGUGUGAAAUGUGUCCAUUGACUUUUUUCUCAGGAACAACCUUACCGAUAUUACUGUGGAACUCAAUUCAAUACCUAUGAGCUAUGUGUAGUUUUGGUACAAAUUCUAAGACUGUAAAUAAUCAUAUUGAGGUGGCGUUUUUCUGGGAUAUUUUCCAACUUAAGGGUUUUUAUUGUAUUUACACAAGAUGGCCUUUGACUGUAGUUGGUUUGGUUAAGUUACCUAAACCUUUACAUUUUACAAAACAGCAUUUUCAGUUGACAAUCUUAAGGCAAUGCAUAUUGCUGGGUUUCAGACGGCAUCACAACAUCCUAUUGAGCAAUACUAAUUCAUACAGAUGGGGCAAAACUAAUAAUAAUCAAAUGCUGAGUUUUAUUGUUAUGUGGUAAGUUUUUAGGUCAAGUCACUAAGAGAAAUGGAUUAGAUUCAACAUUUAUGACUUUGGAUAUUUCAUGUGAAAGUACAAUGUUAUAAAUAGGGAAAUAUGUGGAGUUUGGUGUCCAAAGACAAGAGUGUUGGCACUGUACAGUACAUUGUUCGGGUCUUGGGAAAAAAGCAAUCAUAAACUUAAAGGUGCACUAUGUAACAUUUCUGGUGGAGGGUCCGUCACCUGCUUGUUUCUAUUGAGAUGUAAUUUUUCUGCCUGGAAUGUUCCACAGUAUGACAUUAAACAUCUCUACCUUACAUUUAUUCAGUUACAAGUGGUUUUAUAGCUUGAAAAUACCAAGAAAAGCAGGCAUUCUGACUAUAAGCGGGUUGCCUCUCCACAGAUCUGACCUGUAAUUUGGCCUGGUUUUGUCUCAGUGAAGAUAGAAUGGUUUAAUACCAUACUGUGUCCAAACAACAGUUCAGACAAAGCAAUCACAUCUUUAUGGAGAAAAGCAAAUGACGGACACUCCACCAGAAAAAUUAAACAAUGCACCUUUAAACAAUACUGCAGUUUAUUCACAUAAAUGCUGGCUUAUAGUGGCCUCUCCAUGCUCCUGUUGCUAUAAACGUUCCAUUAGUAGUCUAUAAGUGCUGGAGUGUAUUUGUGUUUUAAAUUGGAAGAACUUAAAUAUGAGCCUGACAUGGACUAAUGAUAAUGUAUGGAUGUUUGACAGAAGUCUACUGCAGAGGAGUCUGACAUUUUAGGCAGGCCAUAUGUUUUUCUAGGGAGUGGCCAGAGUUACAGUAAAAUAUAUAAGUGCCUUUUGUGUUCUUGUCUGUAUAUACUGUAUCUAAUUAUUUAUUAAGCUUGUAUUCCAAAAAAACAGCACAUAAUGUGUAUUGGCGGCAUCUUUUAUGUGCAAAGGUUGUUUCUGUUUAAAUUAUAAAUUAUUUGUAUAGAUGUGAGCGUUCUCAAAGUGUUAAUUUAUUUUUGCUAUUUUUGAGAAGUUAACAAGUGCUAUUGUCAGCUGCAAAUGAAGAUAUUGAAUGAAUAAACAUUAAUAAGAACACUGUGAGGUUACUUACUCUAAUGCAGCAAUUGCUACAAAAAUGGUGCUUGUUUAUGUAUAUGUUGGUUUUGCAUAACCACUUUACCUUAGUUUUGUAACUAUACAUGUGCACCAUUUCUGUCCUUCCUUGUGACCAAAUAUUCUUUGAUUCAAACCACUUAAGUGCCAAUGGCCAGAAUUGAGGCCAAAUCUGUUAUGUUUACUUAAACUGUAACAAUUCUGGUUGUUUCUGAAAUCCAUUGUUGCAAAUCCAUCAAAACAGAAAACAAAAAGGAUUUAUAAAUAAAA